AUGGAGCCUAAGCCCCUCAGAAUCCUCUGCUUCGGCGACUCCCUCACAGAAGGCUACACGCACCACGGCCUCAGCUACGCACCCUACUGCACGACGAUGGAACAAGUCCUCACAGCAGCCUUGCCGGGAAAAGAGUGGGAAAUCAGUGUUGAUGAGCAGGGGGUUAGUGGAGAGCUGGUGCUGCAUAUGGGGGGACGGAUGAAUGAGAUUUAUGCGUCGGAUCGAACGUCCGAAGAACCAUACGACCUCGUGAUCUUCCUAGGCGGGACGAACGAUCUCGGCUAUGGACGACCCGCGAAUGAUAUAUUUACGGAUAUCAAGAACGUGCUGCAGAUGCCACUGGAUCAUGGGGCGCGGGUGGUCGUUAUGACGGUGCCGGAGUGUGGGGUCAAGAGCGGGAAGUUAGAUGCGAAGAGGGAUGAGUUGAAUGGGUCUAUUAGGCGGUUUGUGGAGGAGAAGGAAAGCUUGUUUCUGUUUGAUUUGAAGGAAAAGAUUCCGUAUCAUAGUAUGAGUGAGGAAGAGAGAAAGGAGAUUUGGGAUGAUGGGUUGCAUUUUACCGCUAAGGGGUAUGCGAGGAUGGGGAGGGGGGUUGGGGAGAGGGUGGUGGAGAUUAUGAGUGAGGGGGGGAAAUGA